AGUGCAGCCCCCAUCUUACACGCCCACGCCGACGCCCCGUGCGCAACACGACUUCCUAGCUUCACCCCACCAACACCCACGACACGAGCAACAACAACGACAACACCAACAAUGGCUGACCGCCUAACGCAACUCCAAGACGCCGUCGACCAAAUCGCGACACAAUUCUUCUCCGCGAUCCGCUACAUCGGCACGCACCACGACGCCGUCCCUGUCGGCAACGAAGCAAAAGUCACCGACGAGAACGCGACCAUCGAUACGCCGGAAGUAUUCGAAUCCAGGAUGAGCGAACUCGCCCGCGACCUGAUCAUAAAGUCCAAGCAGAUCGAAGUCUUGAUUACUACGCUCCCCGGCAUCGGCGUGAGUGAGGAUGACCAGCAGGCUCGACUUCGAAGCCUGGAGGCGCAAUUGAAGGAGGCGGAGGAGGAGCGCGUCAAGAGUGUACAGGAAAAGGAAGAUGCUCGAGUCAGGCUCGAGAGUGUGGUUGUCAAACUACGGAGGGUAUAAGGCGCCUGCGUGAGGUGUGGAGUUUUUAUGGCGUUUCGGGUGUUUAGGGUGGAUUUUCUACUCAAUUGAUGA